CGUACGUCCACAGUGACAGUAUCCAAAUCUUCCAAACUUCUUGUGAUCCCACGCCGGGGAUUUGAUUUAUUGGUUAGAAAAAAAACUUGACUGAAACCGGGAAAAGAUGCCUUUCAAGCCGCCAGAGACUGCCAAGUGCCCCAAGUGCCAAAAGUCCGUUUAUGCCGCCGAAGAGAAGGUUGCCGGCGGCCACAAAUGGCACAAGGGCUGCUUCAAAUGCGAGAUGUGCAACAAAAUGCUGGACUCCACCAACUGCGCACCGCAUGAGGACAAACUGUUCUGCAAGAACUGCCACGGUCGCAAAUACGGACCCAAGGGUUACGGGUUCGGUGGUGGCGCCGGCGCACUCAGCAUGGACACGGGUGCUCAAUUCGGCAACACUGACUCUGCCAUGUCGGAUGAGGCACCAACGCCAAAGGCACCAACCACUGUGAAGGUCAUUCCCGCGCCUCCGGGCGAAGGCUGUCCUCGUUGUGGUGGUUUCGUGUACGCCGCCGAGCAGAUGUUGGCGAAAGGAAGGGUAAAUCCCAGAAGAAUCAUGCACAUUUUUAAACUGCAGUCAAACCUCUUAAACAAGAAAUUUGGACCCAAAGGAUACGGGUUCGGAGGUGGCGCUGGUGCUUUGCAGUCAGACGUCGUGAAUGGUGAGCAGCGUGCCGAGUUCGUUCGUCCGAGCAAAAACCUGGAAGCGUCCAUUAAAGCCCCCGCAGGCGAAGGAUGUCCGCGAUGCGGAGGAAUGGUUUACGCAGCCGAGCAAAUGUUGGCUAAAGGUUCGGUAUGGCAUAAGAAAUGCUUCAAUUGCAACUCCUGCCGAAAGCCGCUUGACUCAAUCAACGCUUGCGACGGACCCGAUAAGGAAAUUUACUGCAGAACGUGUUACGGCAAAAAAUUUGGCCCGAAAGGCUACGGUUUUGGCGGAGGCGCUGGUUUCUUGCAAACGGAUGUUAUUCAAAACGAGGAAUCGGUUGACAUGAUGUCAGGUCAGCCAAGGUGGAUUCCACCGGAAGCAAUGAACACUGCAGCAAUCAAAGGUUCUUCCGAGCAAAACUGCCCAAGGUGCGGUGGUGCUGUUUUCGCCGCCGAACAAAUGCUUGCCAAAGGAAGCGUCUGGCACAAGAAGUGUUUCAAUUGCAAAGAAUGCCACCGACCCUUGGACUCGAUCAAUGCUUGCGAUGCCCCGGGCCGAGAAGUUUUUUGCAAGCCCUGCUACGGCAAAAAUUACGGCCCCAAGGGAUUCGGUUACGGAAGUACGCCAACACUCGUGUCUGGUACCGAAGGCGUUUCUGCAGCUCCAAACGAGGAAUCGGUUGACAUGAUGUCAGGUCAACCAAGGUGGAUUCCACCGGAAGCAAUGAACACUGCAGCAAUCAAAGGAUCUUCCGAGCAAAACUGCCCAAGGUGCGGUGGUGCUGUUUUCGCCGCCGAACAAAUGCUUGCCAAAGGAAGCGUCUGGCACAAGAAGUGUUUCAAUUGCAAAGAAUGCCACCGACCCUUGGACUCGAUCAAUGCUUGCGAUGCCCCGGGCCGAGAAGUUUUUUGCAAGCCCUGCUACGGCAAAAAUUACGGCCCCAAGGGAUUCGGUUACGGAAGUACGCCAACACUCGUGUCUGGUACCGAAGGCGUUUCUGCAGCUCCGAUCGAAGGGGGUAACGUAUUUGCCGGUGGACCAAAAGCACCACCCGGCGAAGGCUGUCCCCGUUGCGGAUACGCGGUCUAUUCGGCUGAGAUGAUGAUUUCUCAUGGACGAUCAUGGCAUAAACGGUGUUUCAACUGCGCCGAGUGCCACAAGUCACUGGACUCGACGAAUCUGUGCGAUGGAGCCGACAAAGAAAUCUAUUGCAAGGGUCACUACCAGUCCAAAUUUGGCAUCAAAGGAGUCGGCUAUGGCAUGGGUGCUGGUGUUCUCAGCAUGAAUUAAUAUGACCUAAUCUCUAUUGCGCAAUGUAAUUCUUCAAUCUGGCAUCAAAAUUCUCAUCUCGUUCCUGGCUGUUGCAAGAUAUACGAAACACACUGCUGGCCGCGGCGAUAACUGGUGAAGGAAGACAAGAAAAAAAAGAAAGACUGGAAAAAAUCUCCGGAGAAGAAGAGUUUGUCAAAGGAAAUUUUCCAACUUAUGGAGAAAAGUUGAACGCUUGUUCAAAGAGAAAGUUUGGAACCUUGGCUGCCAUGAAAACAAUUGCGUUUUGAUUUAGAAGGAUGGAAAGAAAAGGGAUACGAAUGCGAAUUUCUUUCGAUUCCGUCGUUCAACGAUCGAACUCAUUAUUUAAGCCCAAGCGAGUGAGAAUGUCUUCGCUUUCUUUUCCGCUUCGAGAAUACAUUACUAUAAUUUGGAAAAAUUUUGCCCAUAUUGUAGCAGAUUAUACAAGAUUGACUGUUCGAUUGCAUUUUUUUUUUUGCUCUUGAAUUUAUAUAGAUGCCUCGAUUCGGCUUUGGAAAAAGAAUUUGUUUCGGAAAAGUCCCACUAAGUGCUCACACAGUCACGUAUACGUCAGCGUUUCUCAUAAUAUCGUGAUCUUAAUUCGUCUUUCGUUCUUUCCAAACACGAGUUUACUUUGCUGUGAGUUUUAUUCUUUUCUACGAUCCGUUUUGAUUUUUUUUCGGUUCAUUUUCUGGGUUUGAGGGAAUGUUUCAUUCCACUAAUCGGUGCUUGAAGAAGAAAAGGGAUUCGCGAGUGAGGAAGAUUUAUUAGCACUUAAUCAAGCUGCUGUUCACGAAAGAGGGAUGGAAUACUGUGUAAGCCGAUAAGAGUCGAUUCACGUAGUCAUUUUGUGUGUUCAACUGCCGUUGCAUUCGUUUCGAAAGAAUGUUGUUUUAUUUGACACCACUCGAAUCGUACGUGGUUCUUGUUAAAUCAACGAUUCGUUGGAUGUGGUUGAUGGGUGGAGAUCGUGUGUGUGGAGCUGCUGCUACAUCUGGUUAUUCUCGGAAAAAUAAAAUCUAACGUUCCGAUUUGAGGUGGAAA